AUGGACGUGGAAAUGGAGAAACUUGAGCAUGAGCUGCAGGAAUUCCUCGAGGAUUGCAGGAAGCAGCAGUUCAGUAGUGAUGAAAUGCGCUACAUAUGUCAGCCUUUGAUUUGGCACUUUCGUCUGGCGACUCUCAAGCGCUGGACACUCUGGUUCCUUUUACCCAUUUUGGUGACUUAUCUGCUGUGGAAUUAUUGCGAUACUUGUGCCUGGACAAUGAGUGCAGUGGGUCGACUGUUGCUCAUCCAGUUGCUGCCCUAUUGGAACUGGACACCCUACUACUACAACAAGUGUCUCAUUGAACGAGCUGAGCCAGUGAGAACCCAGAUGGAGGAGCCCCAGACGCUGGGCAGGCACGAGACUCUCUGGGAGAACUGUGCACUGUGCGAAUCUCUGGACACCAUAGCGACUGUCACCAAUGUUAGCUUCUCCAUGUUGGAAUCAGAAUACCUGGAACGCGGAUUGCCUGUUAUCGUAACCGAUUGUGGAUUGGAGUUGGAUCUGGAGAGUCAGCUCCAACGCAUCCUGGAGAAGACUCCUCAGCUGCUGGCGAGCGAACCUUGCGAUGUUUCCACCAAUCUGUUGUUGCGUCAUCUCUUCAACAUUGAUGUGGCAUUAGAGAAGAUUCGAGAUAGUCAGGAAUCUUCUGCAUCUUCUUUGUCUUCUUCUUGGCAUCUGCAGUUCCGCAACUGCGAGACGAGGAGCGUGAAGGCUUCGCGUCUCUAUGCAGAUAAACCUUAUUACUAUCCCAAUCACCUGGAGCCGUACUAUUCCAGCUGGCUGCUGAUGGCCCACAAUUCGCGUCGUCCUCUGGACGAGAUUUAUGUUAGGGGACUCAUCUUCGUGCAACAGCUCAGCGGACACUUUAAGCUGCGUCUGCGUCCGAAAAAACCCUGUGAUGAGAAUAUCUGCCCCAAUCUCAACCUGGAACUUGCAGCUGGCGAGUGUGUGGUAUUCUCUACGGAUCUGUGGCGUCUUAGCUACGGCCUGCAGAAUCCGGUCUCUGAGCAAACCUCAAUUGCCACUAUCUUCGAGGUGGACUGGCAACGAUAAGAAAUAUCUCAAUAAUGAACAAAUUAGUUGUGAGUUGAUAAAAAUUAAACCUGAAA